CUGGCAGUGGGGGCUUUCUGGCCUCCAUGUUCUACUACCUGUCUCUCUCUCUCCUCUUCCAUUUUUUUAUUACUUUUUUAAUAUUUAUAUUAUGCAGACAUUAUUCUUAAUUUCCACAAAUAACUCCUCCAUUUAUUUUAUUUUUAAUCAAAAUUAGCGCGAUAUUAUUAUACAUACAUACUAGUCCAAUUACAGCAGGUAGAUGCUUUAGCUACUUUACUGCGAUAACUGGUAUCUAGAGAGAGAGAGAGAGAAAUCGAAGGAGAGAGAGAGAGAGAGAGAGAGAGAGAGAGAGAGAGAUCUGCCCAGGAAUACCGCUUCCCAGCGUUUAUUGGGGCUUUUUGUGUGCCAAUUUUAUGGUUUGUGCUUAUAGAUUAUUUGUUAAUAAUUUGAAUCAGCGAAAAAAAACUUUGCUCUGAAGAAGAAGAAGAAGAAGGAUGGGAUUAAGUGAGAUAAAGUGUUGUUUGAUUCUGAUUGUCUGUCUCUCACUUUUCACCUCUCUCUCGGCUUCCACUUUCAUUUCAGAUGGUGUAUUUGGAUCUUCAGUUUUGAGUGAGAGGAGGCUCCUUCAGGCUAAGAAACCAUGUCCUGUAAACUUCGAGUUCCAAAACUACACAAUCAUCACCAGCAAAUGCAAGGGGCCACAGUACCCACCGAACCUGUGUUGUUCGGCUUUUAAAGACUUCUCAUGCCCAUUUGCCGACGAGUUGAACGACUUGACAAACGACUGUGCUUCAACAAUGUUCAGCUAUAUCAACCUUUACGGCAAGUACCCGCCUGGUCUAUUUGCUAGUAUGUGCCGUGAAGGUAAAGACGGGCUCGAAUGCCCUGCACCAGCUCCCGGAACUUCACAGUCGAAGGUAGCUAACAGUAACAGUGGUAAUCAGAUAGCGUGCGGUGUCUUGCCCGUGAUGAUGAUGGUUCUAGUUGCUUCACUUACGCUGUUUGUGCAAUUUAUGUGAGAGGUUCCCGCUUUUUGUGUUGAUAUUUUCGAUUAUUUUGUUAAGUUGGCUUAUACAUAUAUAUGUGUUUAAGAGUCGGAGGAUUUUCUUGGCUUCCACGUCGUCGUCUGGUUACACUUGUAUACUUUUGUUGUAUUAUUAAUGUUUCUGAUUGUGGCUGAUCGGAUGAGUUGUAAUAUUAUUGAUGAAGAAAUCUUUUAUUAGGCUACACAGACUAAACCAAUUUUUUGAUUAGUUUUGUUGGAAGUAAGAUUUGACU